ACUUGUUAAUUUCUUCCUUCUAUAUUAUUCUCCCGCUCCUUUCCUUGUUUACUAUCCUUCUGUUUUGGGAAACCAGAUUCGAGAUUAGGGUUUCUGCAACUCCCGCCAUGUCUCCGGCAAUUGCAGUUUUGAGAGAUGAGAAUGAAGAGAGCCAGUACCAGAAUGGAGUGAAGCGCUUGCAUGAGAAUGGAAUAAGCAAAGUUCCAAGCAAGUACAUACUUCCCGUAUUAGAGCGACCCAGUAAUACAAAUCAACAGCAAGCAAAUGUAAGCAAGAAUAAUCUCAAACUCCCCAUCAUUGACUUCCAAGAAUUGCAGGGUCCAAAUAGGCCCCAAGUCAUUCAGUCCCUCGCCAAUGCUUGUGAACAAUACGGCUUCUUUCAGCUGGUAAACCAUGGCAUUCCAAUCGAAGUUGUAAGCAAUAUGAUUGAAGUGGGCACAAAGUUCUUUGAUCUCCCAUUUGAGGAGAGAGCCAAGUACAUGUCCUCUGAUAUGCGAGCUCCUGUUCGGUAUGGGACUAGCUUUAACCAGAACAAGGAUAAGGUUUUUUGUUGGAGGGACUUCUUGAAGCUAAUGUGCCAUCCCUUACCUGACGUUCUUCCUUACUGGCCUUCUUCACCGGUCGACAUGAGGAAUUUAGCGGCUACCUACGCAAAAGAAACCAAACACUUAUUCCUAAUGCUAAUGGAGGCCAUCUUUGAGAGCUUAGGACUUGUGGAUUCAUCAGCUGCAGCCAAGAAGAAGACGACAGAAGAAGAUGAGGUGUUGAAAGAAUUCGAAGAUGGAAGCCAGCUAAUGGUUGUCAAUUGCUACCCGCCAUGCCCAGAACCUGAUCUAACCCUAGGGAUGCCUCCUCACUCUGACUAUGGAUUUCUCACACUUCUUCUCCAAGAUGAGGUAGAAGGACUUCAGAUUCAAUUCCAAGAUAAAUGGGUCACCGUUGAACCAAUAGCAAACUCUUUCGUGGUCAACGUUGGUGAUCAUCUUGAGAUAUUUAGCAACGGAAAAUACAGGAGUGUUCUACACAGAGUGCUGGUGAAUUCUAGAAAAGAUAGGAUUUCAGUGGCUUCUCUGCACAGUCUUCCUUUCAUGCGAUCAGUUGGGCCAUCACCAAAACUUGUGGAUGAAUCAAAUCCAAGGAGAUACAAAGAAACCGAUUUCGCUAGCUUUCUAGAGUAUAUUUCAUCCCGUGAGCCUAAGAAGAAGAAUUUCCUCGAGUCCAGGAAAUUGACUUGACGAUAUAUUGAAAAAGCCAAUACACUACUGUGCAUGGAUGGAGCAAAAUAGCUACCCAACAACUAAGAAAAUCAGCAAGUUGACCUUUUGCAGGCUCAAUUAUAUGUAGCAAUAUGAUAAGGGAGAAUUGUAUCUACUUCUUUUUGUUUUCUUAAUUUUCAUUUUUUGGUGAGGGGAUGAGAAUCAAACCCAAACCAUGCCAGUACCUAGCUAGCUCGAUCAAGGCCUAUAUGUUCGUUCGUUCAAAAUAACCUUGCCAUACAAAUUAGUAUAUAUAUAAAUACAAAAACUUUUUAUCGAUAUAUGAUCAUCAAGUCCUUAAUUAGUC